UUUUGGUUCAGGGGUAGCUCUGGGUAUGUUUUGGCCGGCGCGAGCAGCAAUGAAUUUCGGGCGGCGCCUGCUCGCACAGGUGGCCGACCUGGGUCUGCCGGGGGCGCGCCGGCGGCGCACGGCGGAGCGGCUGCUGAGGUAUGGCGCACUCGCCGCGCUGACCUCGGCCUCGGCCCUCCUGGCGGGGCUGCACGGGGCGGCGCUGCUGAGCGGCGGGGGCGGCGCGGUCGCAGGCCCCGUGGAGCCCUCAUUGCGGCGCCCUCCGCCGGACCUGAUGGCGCCGGGGCGCCCGCGGGGAAGGGCAGCCAGAGCCCUCGGGCCUUCCAGAGCUCAGGAGGCGGCGGCGGGGCUCGCGGCCGCGAUGGCGGGCGCCGUGCUCGGCCUCGUGGGGCUGCGCCGGCGCAGGACCUCGGAGCGCGUCAAGGGCGAGCUGCGGAAGUGGGAGGGCGCUGACCUGAAGCUCCUGGCCAUCUGCCUGGGCAUCGGCUGGACAAUCCGCUACGUCGUCCCCAUCCCCGACGGCGUGGAGGAGAAGGGAUGGUCCAUGCUGGCGAUCUUCGUGGCGAUGAUCUGCGGGGUCGUGCUGGGCCCGCUGCCGCCCGCACCCACCACGCUGGUUGCCCUUGCCGUCGCGCUCCUGACGAAGACGGUCACCUUUGCGGAGGGGCUCACGGCUUUCACGGACGAGGGGUUCGAGCCGGUGAAGAAGGACAUCCAGGCCCUAACAACUAAGGUGGACGACCAUACCAAGCGAAUCGAGAAGCUUGAGUCGGCAUCUCGAUCGCCCGGGGCAGAUGCGUCAUCUUCGGUGGGGUUGGGAAACCAGCAGGCGUCCAAAGGCUUCAUCCCCACAUUUUUCAACAUCGAAAACUUCAGCACCUACGACGAUCGGAAGACGCUGGGAGUUUCUCGUUUAGAGGCCGAGGAGUUCUUGAGUAGGCUUAAGGAGAAGUUGCCGCAGUCGCUCCAGGAGAAGGUCGGGGACUUCGAAUGCUUCGGGAGCAAAUCAAACAAGAUCAAAGUUCAUGUGCAGCACCCGUACGCGGUUGAGAUUUCAUUGAUUUUCAAAGAUUUCUUGCAGGACGAGGAUUUCAAAUACAAGGGGCGCUCUUUGUGGACGGCUGUGGAGAGAUCCCCCCUUGAACAGGUCAAAUACGAGAAAGUUGGAAAGGCAAAGGCCUAUCUCACUAAAAAGACGCAGAGCAAGGACCCCAAUACCUUCGCCAGUUGCUCAUACAGCCCCCAUUGGAUCCUCACUUGCAUCAGCAAGGGGAACGGGAAGGAGGUGGAGAUGGGCGUGGUGGACGGGAACGGGGACGUCACCUGGGACGAAGUGAACGUCAAGGCGGCGUUCGGCAUUACCGGGGAGCAGAUGAACAAGCAUCCUUCGAUUGACUUUCACGUGGUGGUUGGCACCGAUGCGAACGUCCAGUUUUCGGAAAACUUCGAGUCGAUCGCCGGCGACGCUGUUUACCGGGACCGGGAAGCCCUGGAGGUGUACAAGAUCAAGUCUCUCAGCUUCUUGGAGGCGCAGUUACCUACAGCUCAGGAGUCAGUCAGGGAGUUUCGCCGGGCACGCAAAAAGAUGCGCCGGCAGCUGAACGAGAAGAAGUUGGCGGCUAUCAAUUGUGAUCGGCUUGCUCACCCAUUGCCGAUGUGGCUUGAAGUGGACGGGGAGUUGACGGGAGCUGAGCCGUCCGACAGAUUUCCGAUUUUCGCUGGUGGCAAGCAAGGGGGCAUUGAGACACCACCAUUGUUCAAUUACCUCAUUGAGUUCAUUAUGCAGCCGGUCGUGGACAAGUGGAGGGCGGACGGUCGUGGCUUCAAGUUCGGCGACGACGAUUCGGAGGCUAUGUCGCAUUUCGUUUGGGCUGACAACAUGUUUUUGCUAGCUGGGAGCGUUGUGGAGUUUCAAUUGAUGGCGCAAAAUGUGACGGACGCCAUGUACAAGCACGGACUUACAUGGAAGGCUUCUUCUUUGGAGGUUUUGGGAUGCGGCCCGUCCAAAGAUUCGGACUGGGAUGACAUAUGCGUCUUUGUUCCGGAGCCGCUGGUCUUCAAGAGGGAGGCUUCGAUGCAGGCGUUGGGCGUUCGGCUAUCAGCGGACGGCGUGGGCAUCCUGCCGGCAGCCGCGGAGUCCCCGGCGUAUCGGGACGGGGCCGAGGGCCUGCCAGGGAGGGGGCGGAACCCUGCGGAAUGA